GCGAUGAGCCUGAGUCACGCGAAAGCCGUCUCACUCAACACAUCCCUCCACCAGGACGGGAAAACAAUACGUGGAGUUUCCAGGGGUUUCCCAGAAAACAAGAAGUUAGCCUGGAGAGGUUGAGGAUUAUUUUGUCUGCGCGGCAGCGGAAGAGGACUGCAGAGGGUGGGGGCGUGCGGUGUUCAAGAUGGCGGCGCCCUGUGGAGUGGAGCUGCCCUGAUAGUGGAGCCUGGAGACGGGAUUGGCGGGAGGUCGUGGGACCCUGCCCAGCAGGGCAGGACACUGUGAGAGUGAGGACGGUGACCCCGCCCCGCCCCGCCCUGCCCCGCCCGAGCCUCUGACGGAACCCCCGGGGCACCAUGGCCCGUGACCAGUCCAAUGUCAGCGACCUCCUCCCGCUGCUCGAGUGCUCGGACUUGCGGCAACUGGACCAGGUCAAGGCCCUUAUCAACGAGCAACUCAGCACAGAGCGAGGCUCAGUGCUGUUGAAUGGGCUGGUGGAUUAUUACCUGGAGUCCGGCUCUGCCCAGGCCCUGCAGAUCCUCACCUCUGUGAGGGAGCCACACGACAAGCACCUCCUGGACAAGCUGAAUGAGAGCCUGUCCAAGCCAACCUGCCGGCUCUCCACCCUCAGCCUUCUGGGACAUGUAGUUCGCAAGCAGCCCUCCUGGAUCCACAAGAUCACCCGCUUCCCCCUGCUCGCCUCGCUGCUCAAAUGCCUCAAGACGGACUCGGACGUGGUGGUGCUCAUCACCGGAGUUCUGGUGCUCAUCACUCUGCUGCCCAUGAUCCCGCAGGCGGGUCGGCAGCACCUGUACGACUUCUUCGACAUCUUCGGCCGCCUGGCCGCCUGGAAUCUCAGGAACCCAGGUCAUGUGACGGAGGUGUUCCUGAUCCACCUGCAUGCCAGUGUGUACUCUCUUUUCCACCGGCUCUACGGCAUGUACCCCUGCAACUUCAUCUCCUACCUGCGCUCCCACUACAGCAUGAAGGAGAACAUGGACACCUUCCAGGAGGUGGUCAAGCCAAUGCUGGAACAUGUACGAAUACACCCAGAAUUAGUCACUGGAACCAAGGACCAUGAGCUGGACCCCACCAGAUGGAAAAAGUUUGAGAUCCACGACAUCGUCAUCGAAUGUGCCAAAGUGUCCCUGGACCCCAAAGAGGCUUCAUGUGAGGAGGGCUACUCCACCCAGCCAGACCACUUCUCCGGCUCCGCCCUCUCGCAGCCCCGCCCCCCAGACUCCAGCGCCAGCCCCUACACGGACCUGCACAGCAGCUAUGGAAGCUCCUCCUCCACCCAAUUUUCCACCCCCCGCCAGACACAGCCUCCCCAGGACUGCCCCCACACCACCCUACGGCAGAUCCUGAGCUAUGAUGUCACUUCCUCUUGCGUGGACCCGAUCUGGAGCCCCUCCUCCAUCUGCGGCAUGGCCACGCCUCCCUCCUCCAGGGGCAUCUCCCCCACCAACGUCUUGGAGCUUUCCCAGAGUGCAUCUCACCUCCCCGGCCGCACCCACGCCAUGGCAGCCGGUGGGAAAGGACCGCCCUCCGCCCCCGCUGCCCUGUCACCACACCCCCCUCUCACAGAGGAGCUUCUGCAUUCCGUUCCCCCCAACACGGCCGACCAGGCACGCAAGGUACCCAACACUGUGACCCUAACCCUCAACAUGGCCAACCAGGUACCCAACACUGUGACCCUAACCCUCAACAUGGCCAACCAGGCACCCAACACUGUGACCCUAACCCUCAACAUGGCCAACCAGGUACCCAACACUGUGACCCUAACCCUCAACAUGGCCAACCAGGUACCCAACACUGUGACCCUAACCCUCAACAUGGCCAACCAGGUACCCAACACUGUGACCCUAACCCUCAACAUGGCCAACCAGGUACCCAACACUGUGCCCCUAACCUCCAACACGACCAACCAGGUACCCAGCGCUGUGCCACUAACCCCCAAUACAGCCAACCAGGACGGUGGACCUGCGGAAUCCGGCAAGCCCUGCCUGGUGCGACAGGAGCCAAUCAGAGAGCUGGAGAGAGACAGCAGCGCGGAGUCGGACAGUCGAGGUGACGUGUGUGAGAGCGUUUCCAUGACGCUGACGGAGCUGUCUGCCUUUGUGAAGGAGCAGGAACAGGAUCAGCAGACGGAGCGCGAGGAGGCCAUCGCUGAGGAGCUGCUGAAGAUCACCCAGGACAGGCGGGACGUCCCGGCUCUGCGGGGCUUCGACUCGCCCUUCUUCCGCACCACCGAGACCCUGACGGGGGCCCAGGAACAGCCCCCGUCUGCCCCCCCGGCCCCAGACCCCCCGGCCCCGGACCCCCCUUCCACGCCCGACCGAACGGAGGGGGCGCCCGCCACCGAUUUCACCCCCAUCGACCACCCCACCACCGAGGAGGAGGGGAGCGCCCCGCCCAAAUACAACCCCUUCUCCCCCGGCCCCUGCAAGACCCCGCCCGUCCCCUACAAGGACCUGUUCGACAUGGCGCUGCCCAAAGCCGCCUCCCUGUUCGUGGGCCGGAGGACCGCGGCGGCGGGGUGGAGAUCAGGGGAGGAGCCCAGCCUGGAGGAGGGGGACGGGUUCGGAGAGGGGGAGCCGUCCAUGUCCCCAUUGGAGGUGCUGGACCGCCUCAUUCAGCAGGGCAGCAACGUCCACGAGAAGGUGCUGAAGAGAUUACCUUUGCCCAGUAAGUCAGCAGACUGGACCCACUUUGGAGGCCCCGGGCCCCUGGACGAGCUGCAGACCCUGCGCAGUCAGCUGCUCCUGCUGCACAGCCAGCUGCUGUUCGAGCGCUACAAGAGGGAGCAGCACGCCCUGCGCAACCGGCGGCUGCUCCGCCGCAUCAUCAACACCACCGCGCUGCAGGAGCACAACAGCGCCAUGAAGGACAGGCUGAGUCUGCAGAAGGUGGACCUGCUGGCUCUGAGGGACAGCCUGCAGGUGGAGCAGCAGAGGUACAAGCAGCUGUGGGCCGACAGGGAGACGGUGGUGACCUGCCUGCACAACCAGAUACGCCAGCUACAGCAGGGCCGCGACGAGUACUACAGCAAGAACCAGGAGCUGCAGAGCAAACUUCAGGAAUCCCAGAAGAGGAUUGGCGAGUUGGAGGCGGAGCUACAGAGGGCCAAUUACGAGGUGUGCAACACGACGCAUCAGCUCAACCAGCUGUCCGUUAAGCUGAGCAGCAGUGAGAGUGCCCAGCAGCAGAAGGCCUUCCUGAACAAGCAGCUGCUGCUGCUGGGGGAGGUGAACAGGCUGUGUGUGGAGGAGCUUCAGCACUGUGGUCACGGCGGCAAGAAGGAGGUGCGGAUGCUCCAGGCCUCCUCCAGGCAGGAGCAGGAGCAGUUGCGCCGGGCCCUGCUGCAGUGCACUCAGAGCCUGGAGGUGGCGCAGCAGCGCGGAGGGGCCCUGGAGGCUCAGCUGGCCCAGAAGGAGCACCUCAUCGCCGAGCACAAGAGGUUCCUGGAGGACGUCAAGGGCCAGGCCAAGGCGGAGCUGCAGGCCUCAGAGAGCAGGGUUCAGGCUCAGAGGAAGGUCACACAGGCCCUGCAGACAGAGCUCCUCCAGCUCUACAGCCGCCUGGACUCUCCACCAGGGGGCGCCAGCGAGCCCUGCGGUCCCCACAACACCAGGCCAGCAGGGGGCAGCAGCUCAGUGCUGGAUGGGCAGGUCAAAGCAGGUGUCCAGGACUGUGUGGAUGGAGAUCUGUCCGACUCUCACAGGAGCAGCAGUAGCACUUUAUCGCCCGGGCAACCACAGGCGUCCCCUAUGGCAAACUCCAUCAACGGCAGCCGGGACCCCCCUGCCCUCCUGCCGGCCCCGCCCCCAUCCCGCCCCCCCUCCACACCCCCCUCCAGGCUGGCCGACGCCCCUCUUGCCGUGGGCUCCUCCCCCAGCGCUAAGAGCUUCCUGGGCAUACAGGCGCGCGAGCUGUUCCGCAACAAGAGCGGGGAGGGGGAGGAGCCUGUGGCCACGCCCCGCCUGGCUGGCCUAUCCCAGGGCCUGAAGACUGAGCUCUGCCCCGCCCCCCGGGCCAAAAGCCCCGCCUACCGGGCCAAGAGCCCCGCCUACCGGGCCAGGAGCCCUGCCUCCCCCUCCAAGGGCCCCGCCCAGGCAGACACACAGCAGAGGGCCAGGAACAGGUCAGGGGGUGGGGCCAGAGGCAGGGGAGGGGCUGUGGGCGGGGCCGGCCACACCCAGCAGAGGCAGCUGCGAAUCAUGGACUACAACGAAACGCAUCAUCACGACCUAAAGUCACGUGUCAGAGGGCGGGACGGAGAGAGGCCAUAGGACCGGGCGGACAUUUUGAAUUCAGUGUUAUUCCUCCCAUUCCUGCACUGGAGAACAGGAUCUGGGCCUCAGUUCAUUCGCCCACACAGCAAGCAAAGGGGCAGAGAAACAACCCCCUCCCCCGCCCACGUGUGCACACACACACAAACAUGCAUGCAUGCACAACACGCGCGCACACACACACACGCGCACACACCCACACACAAACAUACGCACGUACAUUUGCGCAUGCACACCCACAUACAUGCACACGCACACACAUGCACACACACAGGCAUGCAUGCACACAUGCAAACACAUACACGUAUGCACACACAAACGCGCAUGUACAUACACGCGCACACACCCACAUACAUGCACAUGUGCACACACAGGCACACACACACCCAGAUACAUGCACACACGCACAAACAGGCACACACACAAUGCACGCACACACAUACAUGCAUGCGCACACACAAUCCACUUGUUCUGGUUUGUGCGUUUCUGCAGACUGCACCCAGUAUUGGUGUGGCAGAACAGGGCUGCAGUAGCACACCUCACCAGCAGGGGGAGUGAGAGUAAAGCCUCACAGUCAACAGCACCAGUGAUGCUCCUACCCAUUCCGUGAGACCGCUUUUCACACAGGUUAAUGCUAUCAAUUCUUUUUUUUCUUUUUUUUAAUUCGGAUUACUUUGAAUAAAGAGAAAUACCUGCAGUUAUGCAGUUACAGGGCCCAGGUGCCCUCCAUAGUGUUUGGAACAAAGACCCAUCAUUUAUUUAUUUGCCUUUAUUGGCUUCAGCAUGUAGAAAUUACAGCAGUAUUUAUACAUAGUCCCUUCAUUUCAGGGCACCAUAAUGCUUGGGACACAGCAAUGUUAUCUAAAUGAAAGUAGUGAUGUUUAGGAUUUUGUUGCAUAUCCUUUGCAUGCCAUGGCUUCCUGCUGCCUGUGACCUAUCAUCAUAGUCUGGACAUCUUAUUUUCUGAGAAGCUCUUUGCAUUUGAAUGGAUCUUUAUGGGAAUGGGGGGUGGGACUAGAUUCAGCUGUAAAUUAUGCAGAUACAGUGUGGAGCACAUCUGUUGGCUAAAUGGCUACAUAUAUGGCAGCAGCACAGUGGAUUGAGACUCAUUUUAUACCUUGCACCCCACAUGACUUAAAGCCAUUUAGCCAACAGAUGUGUUCCAAACUGUAAAAAAAAUACUACUUGAAUUUACAUAACAUUUCUGUGUCCCAAACAUUAUGGUGCCCUGAAAUGGGGGGACUAUGUAUAAACACUGCUGUAAUUUAAAUGUGGUGAAACCAAAAUGUAUCAAAUGUAUCUGACAAUGUGCACUUUAACUGCAUGUGAUUUUUAUUUUAUUACGAAUCUCUCUCUUGUGGCGUGCAGAGGCAAAAAACAUAAGUGAUGGGUCUUUGUCCCAAACAUGACGGAGGGCACUGCAUAUUAUACUGAAUCUGGCAGGGUGUUUACGGAUGCUAGCUGAGGGUGUACCCUAGCCAAUCAGGACUGGGCAGAGAUACCUGUGGUGUGAUGUAACAGGAAGUGAGGGAAGUAAGCAGGGGACGUUUUUGAUAAACGCGGAAGUAAGGGCAGGAGUUUUGCCAGCGUGUGAAAAGCCUGGGUGAAUAGAAUGUGCUCGCAUUAGCAUUAGCACGUUAGCGCCAAACUGAGAUGAGGCACAUGUGUUUAUUUACAUGCCCGAUUGGCUUCCAGUGUGGUACCAGUAAGUCUCAGUGCAUUUUUGCAGCCUGACAGCCAUGCUAUUAAACAGGUAAAGAACAGUAUUAUAGGGAGGAAGUAGAAACGUGUGAUUAACCAGGAAACAGGAAGUGAGACUGUGACGUGGGGUUGAGCUCGAGGACACUCGGUUUUAAUAUGAGGACGUAUCUUAAGGUAUUUAUUUUCACAUUGCCCCCACCAGGAGUUUUUUUUUUCUGCAGGGAGAAGCUCCGUGAGUCCUCGUCAGUGCGGAAUUCUCAAAAAAAUUUUAAUUCGUUUUUAUCGAACUUUUAUUUACCACGAACCUCACUAAGAAUUAGAGGGGCUUGUGAUCGAACGAUGGACGUGGAAAUGUCACACGACAUCACACACGCCGUUCACUUCCUCUUUCUAAAUGCAUGUCUCGAUCUCGAAAGCACAAAACCGUUCAAAUCGAUCUGACGGUUGACGUUACGCAAUAACGAGUCGCAAUGCCUCACGUCCUUGCCGCCAGAAGAGGGCGCUGUAGGAGGCUCGUGUAAUUUCGCCUGCAGCGUGGCCAGUACCUGUAAAACAUAGAAACAGCAAUAAUGAGCAUACCCAUUUACUUCUUUAACCUCGUGCUUCAGGGCCAAAGUUUCCCCUUAACUCAUUCAUGCGCGGGCUUGCAGGGCAGCCUGUAGCGUAGUGGUUAAUGUAAAUGACUGGGACACCUAAGGUCGGUGGGUCUAAUCCCGGUGUAGCCACAAUAAGAUCCGCACAGCCGUUGGGCCCUUGAGCAAGGCCCUUAACCCUGCAUUGCUCCAGGGGAGGAUUGUCUCCUGCUUAGUCUAAUCAACUGUAAAUUGCUCUGAAUAAGAGCAUCUGCCAAAUGCCAAUAAUGUAAUGUAAUGCUGCUUUUCUUCCUGCAAACAAUGAGUACUCGUCUGCGAUUGGUCCAAAUGUCUGCGCAUUGGAAGAUUGGCCAAUCAGAGGAGAAAGAGUAUUGCACGUGUGCGAGUUGCUCACUGCCCAGCCCCCAGGGUUGUGCAAUGUUGGCCAUGUUUUCCUGCAGUAUUUAACUACAUUACCCACAGGCCCCAGCAUACAGCCUCUAGACAUGGCUGUGUGUUUUGUUGACUUUGCAUCUUGCCAAAAUGACCCCACCCUUGGGAAAGAGUGUUCACUGGUUUACUGGAAAUCAGCUCUGCUCCUCAUGAGACUGUCUCAGCGCCAUGGAGACGAUCACUUUAUCUAUGAAAGUGCUUUGAAUUCCUCGCCUUUUCAGAAAGAGUAUGUCUUCAUCUCAUUUCUGUACUCCAGGCAUCGUGCUUGUCAAGGAUUGGGGGAAACCAGCAUACAUCUGGUUACAGUGUAUUUCAGAUGCGCUCAUAUACACAGGAAUGAGUUCCUUUACCUUUGACCUUUGCCCUUAGCUUAUUAACAGUACGCCCACAGAAUCCCCUUCUCAGUCUAAACUGACUGAGCUGAUUAAGUUAAUUUGUUAACAGAAAAGGUUUGGCGUUUAAAGUCUUUACAUUCACCUCCUGUCAUUCCAAUGUUGCCCCUGAUCUACCAGAACCUAACCAGUGAUGACAGUCAGGAUGUCAUAUAUUUUGCGUUUUUCUCUAAUUUGUGUUCUGUUUCAGCAUUAGACAUUUUAUUAGUUUUAAGGUAUUCUCAUCGACAUGUAUGGUUCAGGAAUAUGCAUUUUUUGAACUUUUAACUCCUCUAGAUGAUACAAAUCUUGUUGUCCUAUGAAAGCCUCUGCUAUUUUUCGGUUCGCCUUGCUAUCAUAAGCAUGUACAACAAUCCCACUUUUAAAUGCCAAUAAUAGGAUAUACGAAGAACUGAGCUAACUACUGUAUGGUACAAUCAAUGCACGCUGAAAUGGAGGGAUUUGGAGCAGGACGUUCUGAAAACCGAUGGAAAAGGAAGUUCUUUAAAGCAGUUGCUUGUGUUUAACUGUGAACAAUAAAAAAAUGUCUUCAAUGUUUUGCACAAUA